AUGUCGCCGCGUUUAGGAGGGCUGUUGCAGCUUUCUAGCCCCCUCUGGGGAGCCCCAUUGAUUGCGCCACGUAUCCCCGUGCGAUCAUUCGGUAUCCGAUCCCUCAACCCACCCAAGCCCAGUCGCUUCAACAUCGGCCCCGGCCUGCCCGUUCUCGAGUCGACGUCGACAGCGGCUCUCCGCCGCAAAGCGAACUCCCUCCCUCUCCGCACUGGUGCCAUCGGCAUCAAGAAGGGCAUGACCGCCAUCUUCGACCCGGAGACUGGAAAGCGCAUCCCCUGCACCGUUCUGCAGCUGGAUCGUGUCGAGGUUAUCUCCCACAAGACCCGUGAGAGACACGGUUACUAUGCCGUGCAGGUUGGUGCGGGCUGGAAACAUCCUAGCAAUGUGACCAAUUCCUUGCUUGGCCACUUCUCAGCCAAUGGGCUCUCGCCUAAGCGUCAUAUCUUCGAGUUCCGUGUGAAGGACGAGGCGGGUCUUCUUCCUGUUGGCCAGAGCAUUGAGGCUGGUUGGUUCCAGGAGGGACAGUUUGUUGAUGCCCGUUCCAAUACCAAGGGUAAGGGUUUCGCCGGUGUGAUGAAGAGACACGGAUUCCACGGUCAGGAUCGCAGUCACGGUGUUUCUUUGACGCAUCGUUCCAUGGGUUCGUCCGGUCCUGGUCAGGGUGGUGGUUCUCGUGUCUAUCCCGGCAAGAAGAUGGCUGGAAACAUGGGUAACCAGCAGAACACUGUCCAGAACUUGAAGAUCCUCAAGGUGGAUUCUGAGAACGGUAUCGUCGUUGUGAGCGGUGCCGUCAGUGGUCCCAAGGGCUGCGUUGUGAGAAUUCAGGAUGCAAUCAAGAAGCCAUGGCCGGAAGUGCCACAGGCAGCCGAAGCUGCCACUGCUUAA